GCCCGGGCCCGAGGCUAGCCGCAGCCGCUUUGCGCAUGUCUUCCUGGAGUCCGACGCUGAGCCCGCGGGGUUGGCGGCGGCUUGGCUCUGCCACCGAGACCUGUCACCGUCGUCCCGGAGCUGCGACGCCGAGGCAGAAAUGCUGCCGCCCAGCCGGGGCCUGCUCUGGUUUGGCCUGGUGCUGGGUUCUGUCUGCGCCUCCCUGGAGUCCGCGGCGCCGGGCAACUCCGCCGCAGAUGCUCUGAAUGUCCUUCUAAUCAUCGUGGAUGACCUGCGUCCCUCCCUGGGCUGUUACAGGGACAAGCUCAUAAGGUCCCCAAACAUUGACCAACUGGCAUCCCACAGCCUCCUCUUCCAGAAUGCCUUUGCCCAGCAAGCCGUGUGUGCCCCGAGCCGUGUGUCCUUCCUCACCGGGAGGAGACCAGACACCACCCGCCUGUACGACUUCAGCUCCUACUGGAGGGUGCACGCUGGGAACUUCUCCACCAUCCCCCAGUACUUCAAGGAGAAUGGCUACGUGACCUUGUCGGUGGGAAAAGUCUUUCACCCUGGAAUAUCUUCCAAUCAUAGUGACGAUUCUCCAUAUAGCUGGUCUCUUCCAGCCUAUCACCCCUCCUCUGAAAAGUAUGAAAACACCAAGACGUGUAGGGGCCCAGAUGGAGAACUCCAUGCCAACCUGCUUUGCCCCGUGGAUGUGGCAGAUGUGCCUGAGGGCACCUUGCCUGACAAACAGAGCACCGAGCAAGCCAUACGAUUGUUGGAGAAGAUGAAGACGUCGGCCAGUCCUUUCUUCCUGGCUGUGGGGUAUCAUAAGCCACACAUCCCCUUCAGAUACCCCAAGGAGUUUCAGAAGUUGUACCCCUUGGAGAACAUCACGCUGGCUCCUGACCCCCAGGUCCCUGCUGGCCUCCCUCCCGUGGCCUACAACCCCUGGAUGGACAUCAGGCAGCGGGAGGACGUCCAGGCCUUAAACCUCAGCGUGCCCUACGGCCCGGUUCCCGCGGACUUUCAGCGGAAAAUCCGCCAGAGCUACUUCGCCUCUGUUUCAUAUGUGGACACGCAGGUCGGCCAGCUUCUGAGCGCUCUGGAUGAGCUUCAGCUGGCCAGCAGCACGGUCGUGGUGCUCACCUCGGAUCACGGGUGGGCUCUGGGUGAGCACGGAGAAUGGGCCAAGUACAGCAAUUUUGACGUCACUACUCGCGUGCCCCUGAUGUUCUAUGUUCCGGGAAGGACGGCUCCACUUCCGGAGGCCGGAGAGAAGCUUUUCCCAUACAUCGACCCCUUUGAUUCCGCCUCAGAACCGAUGGAGCCAGGCCGGCAAGCCGUGGACCUCGUGGAGCUUCUCUCGCUCUUCCCCACACUCGCAGGACUUGCCGGACUGCGCGUCCCUCCCCGCUGCCCCAUCCCCUCAUUUCAUGUUCAGCUGUGCCGAGAAGGCCGGAACCUUCUGAAGCAUUUUCAGUUCCGUGCCGUGGAAGGGGAUCCGCCCGUCCACGCUAAUCCCCGUGAGUUGGUUGCCUAUAGCCAGUACCCCCGGCCUGCAGACUCUCCUCAGUGGAAUUCUGACAAGCCCAGUUUAAAAGACAUAAAAAUCAUGGGCUAUUCCAUACGCACGAUAGACUAUAGGUAUACUGUGUGGGUUGGCUUCAAUCCCCAGGAGUUUCUGGCUAACUUUUCAGACAUCCAUGCAGGGGAACUGUAUUUUGUAGACUCUGACCCUUUGCAGGACCACAAUGUGUAUAAUGACUCCCAGGGUGGAGCCCUUCCCUGGUCAUUGAUGCCUUGAGUUUUGCCAACGACGGAGGGCGUAUUUAAUGCUCUCCCUUCCGGGUGGUGAGAGAGGGAAGUAGAGCUGGGUGUUUUGUGGGUAUUCAUGAUAAUGGAAGCAACCUGGGGGUGGGCAGUCACAGCAGGCAUCAGCAAUUUGGUGGAGGAGGGUGUAGCUCAGUGGUAGAGCAUGUGCUUAGCAUACAUGAGGUCCUGGGUUCAAUCCCAAGUACCUCCAUUAAAUAAGUAAAUAAGUAAACCUGAUUACCUCCCCCCAAAGCAAAAUAAAACAAAAACAAAAGAUGAAAAAAAACAGUUUGGCCUGAGAAUAUGUGACAGACAAACUUACAGCUGGUAACUGCGCUGGGGCUGGGCUGAACUUUUCUUCCCUUUUUUUUUUUUGAACAGUCAUAGCUUAUUUAUUGAAUGAGUACAUACAGAGUAAGCAAACUAAAAUAAUCAUACCUUUAGCUAUCAAGACCGUAAUAACUGAACAUUAACACUGUACUCAAGAAAUACUGGAAUUUAGUACAUUUCAGAAAGUAACCACAUAUCAAAUUAGGUUUGACACUAAGUUUUUGGUUCUUUUGUUUAACUUAAUCAUGUGUCUUAUUUAGCCCAGUAUAUUCAAAAUAUAUCAACAUAUAAUCUAGGUUUCUUUUUAAAAUGUGAAGUUAAAUAAUACUGCCAGAUGCCAAAGCCUUAAAGUCUAUCUUCAAUUUUUCUUUCUUUUUUUUAAAAAAAUUCUUUUUAAUGGAGGUACUGGGGAUUGGACCCAGGACCCCACAUGUGCUAAACAUAUGCUCUACCACUGAGCUAUACCCCCACCCCCCAAUUUUUCUUUCUAAGAUCGCAAAUUUUCAAAUCCAGAUCUAAAGAUAAAAUAUGCAUAAAGUGAUUUAUGUGCAAUUUCUUUAUCAAGUAAUAAAUAAUGCUCAGUAAACUAGAGGCAUGAGAUGUAUGAGAAAUUCAGUUAAAAAUUUUCAUAGACUUUCUGGCCCAAAUAAUUUGUUUGCAGAUGACUCUUGAACACAAAGGCCAUCUAUUAAAAGGCAUCUUUAUUCACAGUGGAAAACAGUUAAAGGUGUAACUGUAUCCAUGAACUGAGCCAUUCAAAACUGUUAGUUUCCUCCUUCUUUAGGGAUGGUUGCUUGCAGACAUCCAUUUAUCCUGGAGGCAGGAAAUAGUCAACUUUUAAUUGCUGAUUAAAGACGUUAUUAAUUUUAUUAAGUUCUAAGUUAUUUUGAGAAUUGUGGAAACUUUUCAUUAGUAUAAUGUUGUGAUUUUUAAUGCCCCAGAAUGUGGUUCUGUAUUCCCUAAAUAUGAAUGUAACCAGAAAUGCAGGUGGUAGGGAUAAGCUUAGUCCCCAUCAUCUUACAGAGAAUGGAAUAUUCCCAAGUCAUAUUUUCAACAUGUUGAAGUUGAUCAAUUCUUAACAGCCAUCAGAAGUCAAGCACUUUUUUAACAAACAUCUAACAUAUUCCUGUAUCGAAGUGAGUAGCUUUUAGUAAUUCUUUCUUUACAAGUACUGCUUCAGUGUUUAAAGGUAAAUGUUUGUGAAAAAACAAACUACAGCAGGUUAAAUUGUUACUAUACUGUAUUAAAUUGUAACCAGAAAGGCAAGAUAUAUUAAAAGAUUACUUCAAAUCAGUAAAAUUUCAAAUAGAUUUUUUUCCCACUAAUUAGCCUACAGUGGAGGCAUAUAACACCACAGUCUUCUAAGUGAUUAAAUGACUUCAUUCUGGCAACAACAGUUUUCACUGGAGUGAAGGGCCCUGUUCCUCUCUCCUGAUCCUGCAGCUUAUCUCUCUUCUGGAAGCCUCAGCUUUCGUAGAUGGUUUCCCCCAGCCGUUUCUUUCUCCUUCUUCAUCCCCUUUAUUAUGCUCAUCACUUCCACUAAGAAUUUUACAAUCCAGUCUGAAUUCCUCAUGACAUAUUUCACUUUGUGUAGCUUUAUCUCGUCUACAGUUAAAGACUAUACGUUUCACACAGACUUUUAUUUCACAUCCAUUUGUUGUUCCUAGUUGGCUAUAAUAUAUACACUGCAUCCUCUUUUUUUUGCUUUAUUUCUGGAAGCACAGUUUUAGUAUCAAAAGCCUGCAAACUCUGUUCUUGCUGAAGCCAUAAGCUGAACUGUGCCAUGAUGUGCACGGUGGCUGUGCUGUUGCCCUUUUGGCACUGACUUCCGUGCGUGACUGAAACCACAUCCUGGUCUGGGUCUACUUUGGGGCAUUUUGCAUGUAGAUCUGUCUCUGCCAGAAGUGCUUCUGUCUCAUCUUCUCUAUGCAAGGGCGCAGCCUCAGAAAGCUUCCACUCUCCUUAGGGUUUAGCUUGGCUUGGCCUCCCUUUGUAAAUCUCCUUUUAGAAGCACAGGCUCCAUUCAUGUUUGAUGGCAUGCUCUUCUAAAUCAUCUUACAGGUUCUGGUUGCUUUUUGUGUUUUUGACACUGAACCCAAUUUAGAACCACCAUUGCACAUCUCCAGCAGACAUCAGGAUGAGUGGGUGCUUUCUGGUUUUCAGACAUCGAAGCUGACCACAUUCCUUAUCUUGACUCAACUUAGAGAAGCCACAUCUUUGUUGCUUCCCGUAACUUUUCUCCAAUCCUGCUGAGCUGGACAUGUUUUAUUAAUGGCUCUGCAGCCACUAUUUGUAGAAAUCCCUAUUUCUCUUGAGCCAGGGCUGCUUUUACGCAGUUUAGUUGAAACCCGAAGCAGCGAGCCUAGAAAUUUUGAAUGGCCCUUAAUUCCGUGGCUCGCAAACAUGACGAUGCAUCAGAACCACCUGAAAGGCUGGUGCAGACCCAGCGUGCUGGGCCCUGCCUGCACAGGUUCUGAUUCAGUGUGUCUGGGGUGGGGCCUGAAAAUUUGCACUUCUUAGAAAUCACACAGCUCUUCGAAAGGCUGCACUUGAGAAGCCCUGCCCCUAGGUGUGUGCUGUCCAGUAGCCACUAGGCACAUGAGACUGUUUAAAUUUAAAUUAACUAAAAUGAAAUAAACAUUUCAAAAGUGGCAUCUCAGUGGCACCGGCCAUACUUCAAGUGCCCAACAGCCAGUGCGGUUAGUGGCUACCGUAUCGGACAGCACACAUCUAGAUCCUUUCUGUUGUGGAAGAAAGUGGAUUGAAUGGAGCUGUCCUAGAUUACGUCCGAAUUUGAGCUGCAUCCACUUGGCUGUUGGCGAGUUCCUCCUAUGGGCUGAUUGUCUACUCUGUGUUUGCCCACAGAGACUUGUCCGGGGGCGAGCAACGUACGUUUGGGUUAAGCCAAGUGUAGGGAGUUCACUCUGACCAUCAGCCUCUUCCUCUCCACUCUCAUCGCCAUCACCCCAGCCCUUCAGACCUCCUUCCCAAGUAGUUUACCUCCGCCUCCUCUUUCCUCCCUUGCCUCCAAAGAAUCCAUGUGUCUUCCUGAAAUCCCUCUUUGGUCCUGCUCUUCGAGAACACCGUCAGUGCCUACUACUGGGUCUACACAGACCUCUGCUGAGCAGUCAGUCUUCCCUGACUCCACAAAGCCCCUUUCCUCGGCUGACCAGUUUGCCUGCUGGUCCAUGACUCUCCCUUGCCAGGCCCUGCCUCCCUGUCUACCCUUAGGUUGUCCCCUCCUCCCUCACCAUCCAUCUACCUAUUCACGAUCGUUCUUCACAGCCCGCUCCCACGCCCCUACUUCCAACAGGCUGAGGGGUUUUGACUUUCUAGACCAUAGUGUGGGAUGAAAUGAAUGUUGUGAAAGAAUUUUGUUGUCACUUUAGUUAAAAAAUAAAGGUCUUUUUUCUGAUUAUAAAGUUAAUGUGUUAAUUUUAGAAAAAUUGGAAAACAAAUGUAGUAAAAGAUAAGAAAAUGCAUCUGUAUUUUAUGCAAAUAGUCACUUAAUAUCUUGUCUUUUGGGGGUGUCAAUUUUUUACAUUCUUGUGAUCAUACCGUAUGCUUUAUCAUGCAAUUUUAUAUUCCUACUUUUUCACUAUUAUAUAUGGUUAUCACAGAUUUUUGCAAAGAUACUUUAUACUGGUGGUAAUGUAUUUUGUUGUGUAGUUUUGUCAUAAUUUACUUAACCUUUCAAUUACUGGAAAUUUAUUUCCAGUUCAUUUCCAAAUUUUCAGUAUUGUAAAUAAUGCUGGGAUGAGCACCUUUGUGAAUAAAGUUUUUUUCUGUAUUUCACAUUACUCUGUCAGCAUAGUCUCUCAGUGCCAAAUUGUCAAAAACAUCACCGUUUCACUCCUCUCCUCACUCUCCUGCGACCUUAGGUAGUAAAACUAAAAAUAAAGCAAACAAGCACACAAUAAUACAAACCCAUAAAAGCCAACAAACAAGAAACCCAAGCCCCACGGUAAUAGGUGAAGGUAGAAUCCUGUUUUAGCUCUGCAGUCUUUGCUUAGCAGUGACCUUGAUCAUUGUUCUCUUUUUAUGAUUGUUGGGCAUUUGUGUUUCCAGUUGGGUGAAUUUGCCUUUAAAUUUUGUUUAUGGGUUUCACUUUUUUAAGUAAUCAAACAAAUUGCUCUUUCCCUAUGUGAUUUUUUUUUCCUGUUAAAUGUGGAGGUCUUUCCCAGCCUGGAGAUUUAAUAAAUACUCAUUUUCUUUUGC